UGCAGUAUUACGGUCCCAAAAACCGCCCCGCCAUUUCCUGCUGUGUCCUCUUACUGUACGCAGACUUCUAGAAAGAAAAUUGUAUUGAUAGAGCAUCAUCUCAACAUUAGUAAGGGUUAGCGUGUUGUACUUUUUUGGAAGGUUUGCGUAAUAUAGAAGCACAGCCUGCUGGCUCCCCUGUCUGCAGUCGUGCAUGUGAACUGCAGCAAGUCUGCAGAAGUCGCAGCAUCAUCGUUACUGCAGUGAAAUCCAGCGCCUGAACACACCCUGCUGCAGCCUGCAGAGCAGCCAACAACACGGACAGCACCACGGCUGUAGGCUACACGUUUACCGCGCAGAUACGAAGAGACGGCGAGCUGCUGGAACACAGCUGAGCAGGAUGGCUCUUAAUGACAAAGAUCCAAUGCCUGCAGUGGGGACCCUCUCCCCGGGCCAACUGCAGUCCCACCUCAAGAUGGAGCCAAAGACUCUAGGGGCAAUCCAGAUCGUUAUUGGGGCUUUGAUUCUCUGUCUGAGUGCCUCUGUGCUCCAGAUCCAUGAGGUCCACUUUACAGGAGAUGUGGCCCUCUUCCUGAUUGUUGUCAUACAGGUGACCUUGUCUGGUUCAGUGUUGGUCCACAGUGGGAGGAAACCUACUCUGUUUUGGGUGAAAUGUGUCCUGGUGCUGCACCUCAUCAGUGCUGCAUUUGCCACUGCUGCUUUGGGUCUGAUGUCCAAACACCUGCCUUACCGUCAGGACUCUUACCACUGUGAACACUGCCGCAGACUGGAGCUACAUGCCGUGCAACAUUGUUUCAGGAAAUGCACCGGGCUGAUCGAGCAAAAGUGUAAACUGUUGAUUGACGGGAUCCUGGGGACGCUGGUGAUUUUCCUGGUGCUGGAACUGUUGAUUUGCAUCACAGCCAUGCUGUUUGGACUCACUGUCCUAGCUGCUGGUGGAACCCAGGCUGCCACCCAGAGACCUGUCUAUCCACAGACGCGCCCCCCACCUGUUCCAGCUACGCAGGCUGCUCCAGCUGCAGCCGAGUCAUCUCAGGUGGCUGUAGUUGUGACUGAACCAGAUUCAGAGCAGAUGGAGGACAUCUCCACCCCACCUACUGAACCCCAGGUGGAGCCGAUAGAAGCUCUGACAACACAGCCGUGAACUCAGCACACUGCUCCCUGUGGUGUUAUGUCAUGUCAGUCAUGUCAGAGUGUAAAUAUGGAUGUCACCUGAGAAAAACUAUUCCUGUCAGACUCAUGGAGGUCAUUAACAUUUGGACCAUUAUAACAUGACAACAAAUCUGCUGGUGGUAGUAGUCAGAGGCAAGAAUAUAAUAACAAUUAUGGAAACAAUAAAUGUGAGUGUCCCAACAAGUUAUCAAAGGUAGUCAUCCUGUCCUUUUACUUCUGGCAAGACAUGAACACAGAAUUAGUAUAAGCACUGCACCUACAGUACAGUAUGUUGUGUAUAUGAUAUGGAUCAGUGUCACAAUGUCAAUGUAUUCUUCAAAUACUAAAUAUCAAUAAAAUAAGUAUAGCGAAAUAUAAGUGUAGAGAAAUAAAAAUAAAACAGACAGCCUGACUUUCAGCUUGGAAAGCAGGGGGAAGGCUAAGAUCUUGGUCAGCAAGAGUAUGUAGUAGGAUAUAUUCACAAAUCUAAGAGUCUAUGCACAUUUUGUGUUAAUUUGAGUGAAGGCAGAUUUACUAUUUAACUUUGAACUAUUUAGCUUUUCUUGCUUCAAACAUAUUUGACUGUUGAAAUAUGAUUGUGUUAUGUGGUUAUAAAACUAACCUUGUAUUGUGUUUAUGCUAUUAAAACUGGUCUUAAUGCCAUUCCAAAAUGAAUGGAUGCAUUACAGCA